GCAAAAUAUUACCGCCUCGCAACCUGAUGAUACCGAUAUUACCGGCGCAUUUCGAUAAACUGAUUUUCACGUUAUGCCGCACCUGCGCUGAAGAAAAGAAUCAGCAAGUUUGCACGCACGAGGAUCCGGAGCAAAGAGCUCUGACGGGGACUUGGUGCACACUAGAACUACAAGAAGCCGUGAAAAAUGGUUAUGAACUAAUGGAAAUUCACGAAGUAUGGCACUAUCCCGACAGCAGAGAGCGCUUUUUUGCUGAUUAUAUUGAUUUGUUCCUGGCGCUUAAAGUGCAAGCUUCUGGCUGGCCGGCUGAUAUUAAAACUCCAGAGCAGCAAGAUGCGUUUCUGGACCACUUUUUCCAAACGGAAGGCAUCCGGUUGGACGGUUCCAAAAUAAGCUGGAAUCCGGGACUGCGGCAGCUCGCUAAGUUGUGCCUGAACAGCUUUUGGGGCCGGCUGGGAAUGAGAAAUAACCUUCUCAGCACAGUUUUCGUGAACACUGUGAAGGAUUUUCUGCACUAUUUAACGUCUUCAGAAUUCGAAAUCCAUGAUUAUGACGUAUUUUCGGAUGACGUUGUACAAAUAAUGUACACGAGGAAGGAUGCUAUGGUUCCGACUAACCCGAAAACGAACGUGGUUCUAGCAGCGUAAGUGAUAAUAGUUUCAGUUUUAGUGCUUCAUUUAAAUCAGGUAAAUUAGACUUGUACUUAUUUUUUGCUGUCAGGUUUACA